AUGGUUGCUAGUAAUCUGGUUAAGCAGGUAAGGUUUGGUGGAUCCGGAUUGAAGAUCUCACCGAUUAUUAUUGGAUGCAUGUCCUAUGGUUCUAAGAAAUGGGCGGACUGGGUUCUUGAGGAUAAAGAGAAGAUUUUCGGUAUCCUGAAGCAUGCCUAUGAUCGUGGGCUAAGAACGUACGAUACUGCGGACGUCUACUCCAAUGGUUACAGUGAAAGGCUACUAAAAGAGUUCUUUGAGAAGUACCAAAUCAAGAGAGAGACCGUAGUUAUUAUGACUAAAGUUUUUUUUGGUGUAGAUGAAGAUCUCAACCUACACCAUGGAUUGAAAGCUUAUAAUGAUCAUGACGACUUAAUACUAACCAACCAGCGUGGGCUGUCGAGGAAACAUAUUCUUGAAGGUGUUAAGAACUCUACUGAAAGGCUCGGAACAUACAUCGAUGUGCUUCAGAUCCACCGCCUUGACAAAGAGACACCAAUGAAGGAGAUCAUGAAGGCAUUGAAUGAUGUUGUGGAGGCCGGUUACGCUAGGUACAUCGGGUCUUCAUCAAUGCUAGCUACUGAAUUUGCUGAGCUACAAUUUAUUGCUGAGAAGCACAAUUGGUUCCAAUUUGUUUCAUUGCAGUCAUUCUACAACUUGUUGAACCGUGAAGAUGAAAGAGAGAUUAUUCCAUUUGCCAAGAGACACAACAUUGCUUUGAUUCCAUGGUCUCCCAACGCCAGAGGAUUGUUAACAAGGCCUUUGAAUAAAACCACCGACCGUAUCAAGAGUGAUCCGACUUUCAAGUACCUAGACUUAGAUAAUUUGACCGAAGAUCAAAAGGAGAUUAUCAACCGAGUUGAAGAAGUUGCGAAGAAGCACAACACCUCGAUGGCCAUUAUCUCGAACAGCUGGGUAUUAAGUAAAGGAUGCAACCCAAUUGUUGGAUUGAACUCAAUUGACAGAGUGGACGAAGCCAUUGCCUCCAUUGACUUCGAAUUGUCAGACGAAGACAUCAAGUAUAUAGAAGAACCAUACCUUCCAAAGAAGCUUUACUACUGA